GCUUGUGAGUGCGAUCAUGCACAGAUCAUGGCUCGACCCCUUGGGAGAUCGAUGGUCAAAGUGGGUCGACCCCAGUCAUCCGGUGGUUAUGGGAUGAUAACCGGGGUUAAAGCCAACGUUGGUGGAUGAGGAAUAUGGCGCGGAUGGGGUGUGCUCUUUGUGUACUCAGCGUACGAUCUCUCUUACCUUUGAGCCUGCGCUCGCGUCACCCUACCCGCAUAUAUGAUGCUCAUCUGAUGACCGACGUCCCCACAGGCUUGCGAAUAUUGCAGGUACACCUUAGCCUUGCUACGGAAGGACCUUCGUCUCGUAAGUAUCCCAUCCUGUCGCCGGCUUCUUUUCUUGUGGGAAAUUCCUGGGACCGUUUACGCGCUCAACUCGCUGACGUGCGGGUGAAGGCUCAAUAUCUCUGACCUGAUCCCGGUCAAGGACCAGGUCAAGACCAGGGUCAAGGGGUCAGAGCACGACUUGUGCGUGAUCAUUGGGCUAUGCGUACCCAGUGUACGAUAUCUCUCUUACCUUUGGGCCUCCGCUCGCGUCACUCUUACCCGCAUAUAUGAUGCACAUCUGACGAUCGACGUCCCCACAGGCUUGCGAAUAUUGCAGGUAUACCUGAGCCUUGCUACGGAAGGACUUUCGUCUUGUAAGUAUCCAUCCUGUCC